AUGCGUCGCCCUUCGGUAGACCUCACCGAUGCGUCGCGCAAUCUCGAAGAAUCAGUCGGCUCUCCAUCGUCAGAUUUCGACGCCGGCGAUGUCGACCUUUCCAUGCCACCGAAUUCCGACGAGGAAAUAGACGACGACGGUGACGGCCGCAUCUUCACCCCGCCUCCGCACAUUGCGGCGCGGUUUUACAGGCCGUCUCAGGCUCGUCGCAAGGACUCAGCUGCCUCGUCCCGCCGCAAUUCCAUCUCAUCCGCCCACUCCCGCUGCUCGUCCACCCAGACUUUUUCCCGCCACGGCGCUCCCCAGAGCAAGCAUGUCGCACAGCACCUCCGGCGCACGUCCUUCCUCGAGGACCGAAAAGCGCGCCUCGCGGACCGAGCUGCCCAUGCAGAAAAGGUUCGUCUGAGGGCUGCCGCCAUGGCCAAGGCCAGCCACCGAGAUGCCUCGCUGUCCGAGGAGCGCGCCAUCGCUGCCCAACAAGCACGCGAGCGGAACCUGGCUGAGAUCGUGGCAUCUUGUGCCGAGGAGGUCAAGAGGGCCAAGGCUGUUGCCGAGACCAUGAAGGAGAAGAGGGAGCAGGAGCUGGUCAAGUUGCGCGUGCAGAUGGAAGAGCGCCUAGCCGAGGCUGAGAGGAGGAGAGAAGAGCUCAAGAAUCGAAACACCAAGAGAGUGCGAGGUCAGAGUUUAGUGGCUCGGAAACCCGCCGAAUCCCUUCCCAAGCUCACGGAGAAGGAUACUCCGGCGUUGAGUGAGGCUGCCGCUGCUGCAAGGCUGCAGUGGUGGUGGAGGCGCAUCCUGAGGAAGAGGGCAGUUACCGAGUUCUCCGAGUUGGGUCUUACCAUCGACGGCGUACGAGACACAUCCUUUGACAAAGUCCUGGAACUUUUGGCACAAGAACAGGUGGUUGUUGGUACCGCCCGCAUCCUCCGAAUCUGCGGUCUGCAGGAGGGCGAUCCGAAAUCCGUCGACGAGAUGGCUGCUGUGCGAACUUUCCUCAGCGCCUUUCUCAUCCUGGGCCAUCCCACGCAGGUUCUUAGCAACAAGGACGGCACGGGGGAAACGGAACAGGUUGGAUUGCUGCAGCCUCAACCGAUACCCCGUGAUGACCUUGCUAACCCGCAGCUGCAGGACCUCGUGACCAAGGCCCGAGAUCUUUUGAUUUCUUUCGAGAACAUCAUGUCGCGAUUGACAGCCGCGAACAACUACACCCCUCCUCCGAGCUUGCGAAGCGCACUGCCCGAGAUCUAUGCCACCUUCUACAACGCCUUCCUCGCCUGGAAGUCGCGCGACUCGGAGUCACUUGUACAAGUAAUGCUCAUGCAGUUUGUUGAGUUGGACUCGAUCUUGCAAACAGUUCAGGACAACACAGAUGUCGUCGCUGCCGAGCAAUAUCGAGAAAGUAUUAAGAGCAACCAGAUCCAGCUCAUUGUUAGGAUCAAAAAGCUCGCUGGCCAGGAGAAGGGCAAGAAGCUAAUUGCCGAUGCCGUUCGCAAAGCACGUAAGGCGCGUGCGGCCAAGAAACCAACUGGAGAUAUGAAGCCUCGCGUCGCCGACAAUGCUCCCGGAGAAGCGUCUGCCACAGCCGAGAGUCUUGUAUCGCCGCCAGAAUCACAAACGUUGACGCCGCCGCCGACCCCGGCUAAGGGCCAUGUCAAGCCGCAGCCCAUCGAGAUGAAGCCAGGCUUCAGUGGUUUGCUGCCAGACAACCGUAUCGUGGUCCACGAGCUUGCCAUCAACCGGGAAUACCGAAUUCCUGCCAGCGAAUUCCGGGAACACCGUAUGUCGCAGCAGAUCCCUCUAUUCGCUACGAUGCGAUUCAACUUGGCGCAAGACAAUCUGGAUGCCAGCUUUGAAAUCUUUGUCAUCAUGAUGACAUACUUCAAGGACAACCUCCAAAGGCUGGUGAAGCCCGGCGCCUACAUGCACAACACGAUUGGAGAGAUACUUGACGUGGAGGUAGCCAAGCGCCAGUUCCAGAUGGGAAGUUUUUCGUACGAGAAGUUCUUCGCCUCCAUGGCAUCCCUCCUGCCGAAACUGUGUGCGCCAUGCCGUGAUGACGAGGCCAAGGAUCUGGUCACCAACAAGCUUCACCAAGGAAGCUUGGUCGAUCGCGUCGAGGCACUUACAGAGUUUGUCGACCUGAUGCUUUGUGAUUACGUUAAUUACAUCUUUUCCACGGCGGCUCCACAGCUGAUCGAAUCUGCCCCCGAGUAUGAAAAGAAGCGGUUUAGCGCCGCGCUGCAAGCUGGCGAACACACCUUGGAGGCGGCAGAGGCAGUGUGGCGAUCAGCUCGUUCCAAGGUGGUGGCCGAGGUGCGCAAGCGAGACCCUGAAGGCAUCAAUCACCCCAAGUCUCGCCCUACGGACGACAAAUACUACGCGCAGAUGCUUGUUGACUGCUUCACCCAGCCGGCGCCAAUUUCGAAGGAGAAGGUACCCGAGAUGUUGCUCCUUGACUACAAGCGGAUGUCGCGGUUGUCACUCGCCUCGCAACGAAUCGUCACCACGGGGGCGAUCUUGCUGCAGUGCAAGAAUCUCCUUAAGCGUGACGUUCGUACACCAUGGAAGACGGAGGCAACGCGAAUUAUGACGGUGCUCGACACGGAUCACGACAACAUUGAUUCUACGGUACAGGGAGUCAUGGCGGCUCUCGAAGGUGGACGAUCAAUGCCGGCGGCGACCAAGACACACCUCAGGGCUCUGGUUGCCAAGGUGCUCAAUGCCAGCCAAGACUCGAUCAAGAAGGGCGUGGAGCCCACGGAGCCAGUACUCCGUCUUCUCCUCGCCCGUCUCCGUGGCCACCUCAAUACUAGACUUGCGGCUGGUUCAGCUAAAGAAAAGGUCAACGCGGCUACGACUGCGCAGGAGAAACUUGCCGGGCUGGGUUUGGCCGAAUUCGCAGUACAAGUUAGGGAGAUGCUCGACGAAAUAUCCAAGGUUGGGGCUGUAGACAGGGCGGCCCACGGAUCGUGGUGGAACGAAGUAGCGGCCAAGGUUGCUGCGGAAGCUGAAGCGGCCAGCAGUUCCUCUUCCUGA